AUGGAGGGAGGAGCAGGGCGGUGCAUGAAAAGUUACGCUGUAGGUGUGCAGGACAAGGUUAUAAUGAAUCGGAUAAUGCCCAGAUUCCGACCGAUUGCGCCAAAACCGGCCACCGGAGGCUCUGGUUCGGGUGGUUCAGCGACUGAUAACAAGGACAUGUUUAUGAAAAAAGGAAGAACAAAGAGGAAGUAUGUUAGGGUUCGGAAGAAUAAUCCUGGGACUAGGCCAAAAAAAAGUACAGCCGAGGGAGAAAUGAAAGAAUAUAAAGAUGGGUUGAACAAGAAGGUGGUGACUCUGCAACUUUUGCCACAGAAUAGUGAACGGAAUGAAUCUCCGGAGAGUGGAUCUGGGUGCAGUUCUGAUCUUACGGAAACAAUCAAGAACUGUCAGGGAAUUGGGGUCCCACCCAUGUGUUUGAACUUCAACAAGGCUGUCCGUAAUGACCUGGAUAGGACGGUGGUGAUGCGACAGAUGAGGGGUGUAAUGGAGUCGUGGGUGACGGUGGAGAGCGUGACCGACACAUGCAUGGAUGUGCGAAGGCUGGGGUGUACGGACGUGGAGCGUAUGAGAAAUCUAGCAGAGGACACGUGUCCCGGGUUCGUAUCGGACGAUUCGAAUAGGGUUUUCUGGGUGAAUGGGGCUUUCAAGAAGAUGAUGAGCCGCCGUAAUGACGGCCUGUCACCGGAAAUAAUAACGGUGUGGUUAGUGGCGAAAGAGAAGCUGCCGUACUUGUACACGGCCUUUACGUGCCAAGUAAAGCUGCAAUACACGAGGGGGAAGGAUAGCUUCACGCAAAUACUGCCUUGUGAUGCGUGGAAGAUGGACGGUGGAGGAUUUGCAUGGAGGCUAGACGUUGAAGCUGCCCUCAGUUUGGGCCGUUGA